GUGAGGUCAAGUGAAAAAGGAAGAAGAAAAAGAUAAAGAUAACCUUGAUUUUAAGACCAAAAAUAUAAAGCGAUUUGUAAAUAAUUUUUCUAACUGUUCCAAACUCAUGAAAUGUGUAAAAUAUCUUCAAAUCAAGUUUUAAAGUUAUAUAAAGAUUUACUGAGAUACGGCCAACAAUUAACAUUAACAGACAAAGAUUACUUUUGCAGGCGAAUCAUAAAAGAAUUUAAGAAAAAUAAAUCUUUAACUGAUCCAAAAGAUAUACAGUAUAACUUUCAGAAAGGUGUCACACUGCUGUUGAGACGUGCUGUUCAAUAAUGUUUAUUGUAAAUAGGAAGAUAAUUUAUAAACUCCCUAUUUAUGAAAUUUUUU